AUGGACAAUGUGCAAAAACUUGAGGAAGAAAUAUACCACAGUUUUCAAACAUCCAAGUUGCGUAAGUGCACGAAUAGUAUCCUAAAGCAAGGCGAAAAUUUUGAUCGAGAAAGAAAAUGUUGGGACCGGGAGAAAAAGCGAUUGGAACAUGAAAUUCAGAAGAUACACACUUACGCCUUGGAGGUUGCGAAGGAGGCUAAGCGAUUACAGAUUGGAAGUUGUAUUUCUCUGACUCAAUGCAAGGCCAAGAUCACUAUGAAAUUAAGAGAGAUAAAAUCGCUUCAAUCUGGGAUCAAAAUGUUGAAAGCGAAAUUGGCUUCAGCUCUAAAGAUUUGUCAAGGAAAUUUUAAAGACGAAUUGGCUAAAUUGGAAAUCGAAAAGAUUAUAAAACCCGAGCUGACGCGUUUAAGGUUGGAAGCCAACUCACGAAACAAGAGCUCUUACUUGUUUGGAGAAGGCUUUAUUGAUCGGGUAGAAGAGUACCAAGGUAUUCGAGUCUCCGACUCACCGACUUCAGAAUAUAAAAAACCCAGCGUUUCUGACUCAGAGAGGCAGAGCCUCAAAGCUUUCGCUCACCGCAGAGCGGCGCAGACAAAGCCUGGAGUCCCUGAUUCACCCUUGCUCUGUCUGUAG